CAUGAUUUGGUUGUUAGCGAUGUAAUUUAAAAGCCAUUCAUACUUGUGAUCUUCGUUGCAUUUGUUAAUUGAUUGUUUACAUUUUUGAAUUUAAAACUAUUCAUCAUUCAUAUCGAUCCCAUUUUCUUUCAAUAAACUGUAUGAAUAUGGAUCAAAAUGAUCUUGUAAGUAGAGUUCGAGCCCGUAGGCUAAUGAUUGCCGAUGUAGGUAAAAUGACCAGCGGUAUUUCACCUGACAUCGAUACAAAUGAACCUCCUAAAUGGUUUGAUCAAUCAGCAUUUUUACAUGCACAAAAACUUUUCAAAACUUAUGGUGCUAUCAUUCGUAUAAGCCAAUUUUACGGUCUUCUAUUAGUAUUACAUGAUCCAUAUGGUGCAAUACCUUUAUUAUGUACAGGUAAUUCUCGUACAGUGUCCAAAUUAUUUCGUCGCUAUCUUUCGACUAUAAUACGCGUAAAUGAUUGGUUCAAUGAUGAUCCAUUUAAUGUGGAAAGUAAUAGUUAUGGACAAUUACGAAAAGUUCGACGAAUGCAUGAGGCUGUUGCCAAAAAAAUGAACCAAAAUAGUCAUUUCGUUGAAAACGGAAAGCAAAGACUAUGGAUCCCACAAUAUGGAAUGUGUAUAGCACAAUUCUCUUUUGUUGGAUUUAUGACCAUAUUUCCUAAAAAGCUAGGAUUUCAUAAUUUUUCCAAAGAAGACUUUCAUGCGAUGUUUCAUUUUUGGCGCGUAAUUGGCUAUUGUUUGGGUAUCGAAGAUCGUUUCAAUCUUUGUGAUGGUACUGAUGAAGAAACAAUUGAAUUAUGUCGUCAAAUUUAUUUUGAACAAUGGCUACCCAAUAUUAAAUCUCAUCCAUAUGUCGAAGGACUUAAUAUGAGUCGUGGAAUUUGCUUGGCUAUGUCUGAAAUCGAUUCUUUAUUAAACUUCAAUUUGUUGAUGCAUUUCGGUGCACCAUUUUUACAAUUUAAUGCCGAUGAUUAUCCAUUGACCUUGCAAGAAAAAUUAUUGCUUUUAAAUAUGAAAUCUUUCUUUAAUUUUGGCUCAAAAUCCACAUUGAUCAAUUGGACAGCGACUAAAUAUUCUCAGCUUUCAAUCGAUUAUGCUAUAUAUAAUCGUAAUAAAAUUGAAAGCCGAUUGCAACAAAAAUACCCUGAUUUGAAAUACGAAAGUUCUGCCGAUAUAUGUCCAUUUAAUGUUAAUAUUGAUUAUUCAGAUGCUUUUUGAAUUACGCUCAAAAACUAAUUAAAUAAAUUUUUGUUUUGUUUUUUUCAA